UUUCAACAAUAAACAACCCACAAUGAAUAACCUCCUGUAUUUGCUGUACUGAACUGUUGAAUAAUAAUCAAUCAGUGAAUAACCAUUACUUACAAAUUAUAAAUAUGGUGGUCUAAGAACACCCAAUUGUGCAUUAAGCAUGCUUACUACAAUCUAGGGGUAAUGUAAUCUUUAGAUGAUUAGGUUCCAAAAUCUAAAUGUUGUUCAACAACAAUUCCUUUUUAUUUGACUGAGGCUAAGGAAGAACAUCUUUUUACCUUAAGAGAGUGCACUAAAAUUUCUUCACAUAUCACGUUCAGGGUUAUAUAAAGAUGAGUAGUUACUUCCCAUUAUAUUUUGUUUCUUCUUCACAAAAAGCUCAUUUAAACCAGCUCAUGGAUUCUAGGUGGAGUUGGAGAAUUGCCUUAGCUUCCUUUCUUGUAUUUACAAUCUCUUUCCCUUCUUGCUCUGCUGACAAAGCCCCACAGUAUUCCUUCGUGAAACCUGCAACAGUUGCUCCUCUUGUAUCCUACUUCGACUACAUAGUAGUAGGUGGAGGAACAGCAGGGUGUUCACUAGCAGCAACACUCUCAAACGGGGCAACGGUCUUACUACUCGAAAGAGGAGGAGUGCCAUAUGGAAACAAGAAUGUAGAAGACAUAGGCUCAUUCGCGAACAAUCUAGCUAACAUUUCACCCAAUUCACCAUCACAAGGAUUUGUGUCUGAAGAUGGAGUGUUAAACGCUCGGGCUCGAGUCCUAGGAGGAGGAUCUGCUAUCAAUGCCGGGUUCUACACAAGGGCUCCUAGGGACUUUGUGACACGAGUCGGAUGGGACUAUGCGUUGGUGAAUCAAUCGUACGAAUGGGUGGAAAGGAAGGUGGCAUUUGAGCCACCAAUGCUGCAGUUUCAGACAGCAGUUAAAGAUGGGUUGUUACAGGCAGGAAUUCAGCCGUAUAAUGGCUUUACAUUUGAUCAUAUUCGUGGUACAAAAUUUGGGGGAACUAUUUUUGAUAGGAAUGGUAGAAGGCAUACUGCUGCUGACUUGCUAGAGUAUGCAGAUCCUAGACGUGCCACAGUUUAUCUUUAUGCAGUUGCUCAAAAAAUCUUGUUCAGCAACAGAGAGCAAGGAAAGCCAAGAGCAUAUGGAGUAAUAUUCAAGGAUUCAGCUGGAAUAUUCCACAAAGCAUUACUAAGACCAGGAGCCAACAAUGAAAUAAUUCUAUCAGCUGGUGCACUUGGAAGCCCACAAUUGCUGAUGUUGAGUGGGAUAGGGCCUGCUGCAGAGCUAUCUCUUCAUGGCAUUGAUUUGGUGUUAGAUCAGCCCCAAGUGGGUCAAGGAAUGGCUGAUAAUCCCAUGAAUAUCCUUUUUGUUCCUUCUCCUGUUGGUGUUGAAACCUCCCUUAUUCAAGCUGUUGGCAUUACUGAGUUUGAUAGUUUCAUUGAAGCUGCUAGUGGGUCCAACAAUAUUCGUGCUUUUAUGCAGAACCUUCCUUCUGCUGUUGAGAUGCUCACUUCCCAGGCAAGCCAAUCAUCAGAUGGGCCCAAAGUGAUAACAACACAAGGAGACUUAGAGAGAGCAAUUGAAUACAUGCAUUCCCUAUUGAAUGGAACUGUCCAUGGCGGUGUUCUCCUAGAAAAGGUAGCUGGCCCUAAAUCAUCAGGAUAUCUACAUCUAGCAACCCUAGAUCCAAAUGACAAUCCUUCAGUACGAUUCAACUAUUUCCAAGAUCCAGAGGAUCUAGAAAAGUGUGUUAUGGGAAUGAAGACCAUAUUACAAGUCAUAGAAUCAGAACCAUUCCAACAGUUUAGGGUACCAGGCAUGUCAGUACAAUCCCUAAUCAACAUUGUGGUUAACUUCCCUCUUAAUUUAAGACCAAGACAUUUUGAUACUGCCCUUUCCUUGGAACAGUUCUGCAUUGAUACAGUUUUGACCAUAUGGCAUUAUCAUGGAGGUUGUCAAGUUAAUAAAGUUGUUGAUCGUGAUUAUAAGGUUCUUGGCACACUCAGUUUAAGGGUUAUUGAUGGAUCGACGUUCUAUGACUCGCCAGGGACGAAUCCUCAAGCGACUGUGAUGAUGCUUGGGAGAUAUAUGGGACAACGGAUUUUAACAGAAAGGCGAUAAGUAUUGAUCUCAAAAGCAAAGAAACGAAAAGAAAACAUGAUUCUUUGUUUAAGGAACCAGAUGAAUACAUGAUUUUUUGUUUUACAAGGGCCCUAAAUUUGAUUGUUUAGAAUGUGGUGUGUGCAGCACAUUCUCCAUGUGAUUUGGGUAUAAAAUAAUUCCUAUUUGAAGAACAUAUAAUUUGUAUUUUGUAAUAUUAGAUCACAGGAUUUCCUACAUGUAUAUUUAGUUCAAAUGUUUGGCUAUAUUUGAUAUAAUUGUAGUCUCUGGCAAUCAAUUCAUAAAAUUGCUUAUAUAUGACAUUAUUUGUGAUACUUUUAUUCUA